AUGGACUUGAAUGAAUUAAAGUACACAUUCAAUGAUUUUCUUGAUGGGGAAAACUAUGUGUCAGAUAGAAAUGACAUUGGGUCAAGUGAUGUCCUAAAUGAUGGUAGUGAUGGUAGUGACAGUGACAAUACAUUGAAUGGAGUGGGUGAUGAUGGUCAUGAUGGUACAAGUUCAGAUGAUGAAGACUGGGUUAAUUCUCAAAGUGCAGAUAAUGAUGAUAACAACACAUCUUCUGAGAAUGAUUUAGUCGAUGAGGUUGAUAAUGAAGAAGCUGUGGAUUUGAGCUUAGAUGGGGAUGAGAGUAUGGCAGUCAUGAGUACCAAUACCAAUGUUAAUGACUUGGAACCCACUAUUGGCAUGGUAUUCCAGACUGAUGAUGAGGCAUAUGAACAUUAUAACAAUUAUGCCAAGGAGUUUGGGCUUUCAGUUAGGAAAUACAGGGUUGAUCGGUCAAAGUUAGAUACAGAAAUAGUAGCAAGAUACUAUGUGUGUUCAAAUCAAUGUGAGAAAAUAUAUGACAAACGGAGAAAGGUGGAUUACCAGCCUCGUGUGACAAAGAAAACUAAUUGUAGGGCUCUAUUAAAGAUAAAGAGUAAUAAUGGAUUGUGGGUGGUGGAUAAAUUUGUAAAGGAGCACAACCAUUUGUUGGUGGACAAGAAUGAGACUUUCAGACUUAGAUCACGUCAGAAAAAGCAUAGAGGUAUAGUUGACCUUAUAGAACGAUUCCAUAAGUGUGGGAUACCAGCUUCACUAAUAAUGAGAAUUGUAAAAGAUUUUGCUGGUGGUGAGCAGUUUGCUGGUAUAAGUGAUGCAUUUUGUCUGAAUCUACUAAGGUCAAAGCGAAGGAAAUGCAUAGGGUUAGAUUGUGAACAAACAAUUAUGUAUUUGGAGAGUAAAAGGGCAUCAGAUGUAGGGUUUUAUUAUGAUAUCCGUAUCAAUGAAGAGCAACAACUUAAUGGGCUUUUUUGGGUGGAUGGUAGAGCACGGGAACAAUAUAAGAUUUUUGGUGAUGUUAUUGUAUUUGACACCACUUAUAAAAAAAAUAAGUAUAAGUUCUCAUUUGCUCCUUUUACUAGUGUUAAUCACCAUAUGCAAUGUACACUUUUGGAUUGUGGCCUAAUGGCUGAUGAGACAAAAGAAUCAUUUGUAUGGCUAUGUAGGACAUGGCUUCAAGCAAUGCAAAUUAUACAGUCAAAAGCAAUCUUUACUGAUCAAGACCCUAGUAUAAUGAGAGCAAUUAAGCAUGUGUUUCCAUCGACUGUCCAUCGGCUAUGUGGAUCAGUGGAUGGCAUUUGGAGAAACACAGAUUACAACACAUGA